UCAGUAGAGGGAGACAGAGGCUGCGAGAGGGGAAGUAGUGCUGAACUCAUUCAAACUUCUGUCACAUCUAAAAGGGGCAUAAACCAGCCAGUGCAGCAGCAGCCGGCCCCCCAAACACCACGCGACGAGGGGUGACGGUCAGAAGUAUAAGAGCCCACCAUUAUCAAUACCCUCCCUUCUAGGCAGCCUCUCCUAGGAGCCUGGGGGGAGGCACGGGCUGCCACACAAAGAGAAGGGGAAUGGGGCUGCUGUGGAGGAGACACACUGCGUAGUGUCAGGGAGGGUCCCCACUUCCAGCAGCCGCUUCUCUCCCCCUCAGUGGAUGGGACUGCCCAUGUAGCAGCAGCACUAUGCCCAUUUUACUUUUCCUGCUAGAUACGUCCGCCUCCAUGAACCAGCGCACCUACCUGGGCACCACAUACCUGGACAUAGCAAAAGGCGCUGUAGAGACUUUCAUGAAGCUCAGAUCUCGGGAUCCUGCCAGCAGAGGAGACAGGUACAUGCUGGUCACACUGGAGGAGCCUCCUUAUGGGAUCAAGGCCGGAUGGAAGGAAAACCACACUACUUUUAUGAAUGAGUUAAAAAAUCUUCAAGCAGUUGGACUCACCGGUCUUGGUCAAGCGCUAAGGACGUCCUUUGAUUUGUUAAAUUUAAAUAGAUUAGUAACUGGCAUAGACAACUAUGGACAGGGAAGGAAUCCAUUUUUCUUGGAGCCUGCCAUUAUUGUAGCAAUAACUGAUGGAAGUAAAUUGACAUCAACUGGUGGCGUGCAGGAAGAACUCCACUUGCCUUUAAACUCUCCAUUGCCCGGAAGUGAGUUAACAAAGGAGCCUUUUCGUUGGGAUCAGAGACUUUUUGCUUUAGUUCUCCGCCUUCCGGGUGCAACAUCUUUUGAGCAGGACCAGUUGAAUACCGUUCAAGUCGAUGAGUCCCCCAUCACGCCGAUGUGCGAUGUCACAGGUGGUCGUUCCUAUUGUGUUUUCUCACAGCGGACGUUGAACCAGUGCCUGGAGUCAUUGGUGCAAAAGGUUCAAAGUGGGAUUGUCAUCAAUUUUGAAAAAUCUGGACCUGAUCCCCCUCUUUCUGAAGAUGGAAUCGCUGAAACCAUAAAACCAGUCGGGCCUCAGCCAUGGCACAGCUGUCGGAAGUUAAUCUACGUGAGACCGAAUCCAAAAACAGGUGUACCGCUGGGCCACUGGCCGGUACCAGAAUCGUUUUGGCCAGAUCAGAAUUCUCCCACCCUACCCCCUCGAACUGCUCAUCCCGUUGUGAAGUUUUCUUGCACCAACUCUGAGCCAAUGGUAAUUGACAAGCUGCCAUUUGACAAGUAUGAAUUGGAGCCAUCACCACUGACACAGUAUAUUCUGGAGAGGAAAUCCCCACAUACCUGCUGGCCUGUGUUUGUGGUAAACAGUGCUAAGUACAGUGAGCUCGGCCAUCCAUUUGGUUACUUAAAAGCCAGCACUGCCCUAAAUUGUGUAAAUCUCUUUGUGAUGCCUUAUAACUACCCCGUCCUCCUCCCUUUAUUAGAUGACUUGUUUAAAAUCCACAAGGCUAAACCUUCCCUGAAGUGGAGGCAACUUUUUGAGAACUAUUUGAAAACCAUGCCACCUUACUACAUUGGACCUCUAAAGAAAGCACUAAGGAUGAUGGGUGCACCAAACCUUAUACCUGAGAACAUGGAGUAUGGACUGAGUUAUAGUGUUGUCUCCUACCUCAAAAAACUUAGCCAGCAGGCUAAGAUGGAAUCUGAUCGAGUCAUUGGUUCCAUUGGGAAAAAAUGUCCACAGGAAUCGGGUAUUAAAGUAAGAAAUGGACCAAGUAUGCCGUCACUGGCUGUGAGGAAGGAUUUUAAGCAGUUACUGCAGGAAAUAACGGGAGAAAUUCCACAGAGAGCGAUUGAACUGAACGUGAAGGAGUUUGCUGGCUUCCAGAUAGCCCUGCUGAAUAAGGACCUAAAACCACAGACCUUUAGAAAUGCCUAUGACAUCUCUAGAACAAAUCUCUUGGAUCACCUCACCCGAAUGAGGGCAAAUCUCCUUAAGUCAUCACGCAGGUUCUUCAGCGGACAGGAUGAAGAUCAGAUACACAGUAUACCUAUAGUCCAGAUGGGAAACUACCAAGAAUAUCUAAAGAAUAUCUCUUCACCACUAAGAGAGCUGGAUGCCGAUCAGCCCAAGAGACUGCAUACGUUUGGAAAUCCCUUUAAACUGGACAAAAAGGGGAUGAUGAUUGAUGAAGCUGAUGAGUUUGUGUCAGGUCAUCAAAACAAACACAAGCGACCAGGCGAACCUAACAUGCUGGGGGUCCCAAAAAGGAGGCGAUGUAUGUCUCCAUUGUUAUCCAACAAAUCUCUGUCUGCACUUGUAAACAACCAUAUAGGAGGGAAAAGUCCACCAUCUCCUUCAACCCAGACUUCACCAGACAUGCAAAAACCAGGCGCAAUAAAUAAAUAUCCUGGCUUGCAUAACAGUAUGAUGCCAACAGAAAAUGAAGAAAAUCACGUAGAAGACCAGCUCUCCACAGAUGUGUACAUGGAUAGUUCAGACCAGUUUGAGACUUUGUCCCAGGUUUCCCUAAACUCUCUAGAAAGUGCUGACGAUUCCACGGAAGAUGGGGACACUGACAGUUUGGGUUCUAAUAAUUCCGAUAUAUUUAUUGGAAAUUCAAAGGCACCUGAAGAUAUGGGAAAUUGCUUUGGAAAUGACACAGCUGCUUUUUCACACAAGAUCAGGAGGUUGCGGCCAUGUCGGAGCCAUGAGGAGGUCAAUGUAGAGCUGAAAAGUCGAAUAAUAAAAGAGAUCAGGAAACCUGGAAGAAAGUAUGAGACCAUAUUUGCAAUGUUAAGAGACGUACAGGGAAGUCUGCAAACACGUCUCAUCUUCCUGCAGAAUGUUAUCAAGGAGGCGGCAAGGUUUAAAAAGCGAAUGCUGAUUGAACAGCUAGAAGAAUUUUUAGAAGAAAUUCACAAAAGAGCAAAUCAAGUCAACCACUUCAACAGCUGUUAAAUGGCCGCGUGGAGAUCCCUUCUGUCUGUUUCAGCUGUAAAGUAUGUGCACAAAUGGACAUCAGUCGUGGCCAAAUAGUCUGAACGGUCUGAAUACUGAACCGAUAUAUACCCUUUAAUAUGCUUCCAUUUUUACGUACAUGGAUAGUAUCAGCGUGAUGCCUUUAUUGGAAUAAUGGGAAGUUUUUAAUAAGAUCCCGGUGAUCACGGACUAGCUAUGCUGACUUCUCUCAGGUUUCACAGCAUACCCUCCACCUCACAAGUGAGUGCAUCACUGGCUGCUAUGAAGGUGUUUGCCAAAAUCUUAACCUGUUUGUUUACAGGUUGUUCAAAAACUGAUUUUAUAGCAUUGGAAAUCUGAACUGUCUGCCUCUGACGUGCACGCUUUCCACAGAGACUUUUUAAAUGCAGUUAAAUGCAAUUUGUCCUUGAUACCUAACUAGACAGAAGCACAUGUGUGAACAAGGUCAUAUUUUGUACAUAAUUAUUUUGGAUAUACUAUUGUAAGUUGUACAGGUGUAUUUUGAAAACUAUUUAAAAAGAGGCACUUUUGUUAUUCCAUUAAUAAAAAAAAGCUCUA